UAUAAACAUGCUUAGUCGACAAAAUACCAUGAAAUUCACAAUAUUAACAUGUCUUUAUUCAAACUAAGACAUUUCUGGUCAACUACUAGCGAAGAUGACGAAUAUUUCGAUCAAAAUUCUUUGUUAGUGACUAAAUUAAACUCUGAUUUCGAUUAUAUAGUGACAGCAAGUCAAAGUGGUGUCCUCAGGAUUUUUAACCCCCUGUCAGAAAAUACUGACGAUGGGCAAUUGGGAGAAUAUCAUCCAAACGAUGUGGUGGUGGAGCGAAUUUUUGAUUUGCCCAUUUUGCAAAUUGGUAGUGGGAGACUAGUUUCGGGAAAUCAAGUCACUCAUCUAGCAAUUCUACAUCCUUUAUUACUGUCUGUAUAUACUCUGAUAAUCAAAGCAGGGAAAACAAGUCAUGGCAACCAAAGUUACCUAGAACUCGUCUACGAACACAAGCUAAGAAGAAGUGCCUACAAUUUAGUCAUAGGUCCGUUUGGAUCAUCACAAAACCGUGACUUCAUUUGUGUCCAAUCACUUGAUGGGUUGUUGACGUUUUUCGAACAGGAAAGUCAAGUUUCCUACGUGGCUUUGACGGAUUUUUUAAUGCCAUGUCCCAUUUCUUACAUUGCCAAGACUGACAGCUUUGUUACUUGUAGUUCUGAUUGGCAUAUCGUUUGUUAUAAAUAUAAAUCACUUUCCGAAGCCUCAGACGAGUCAGUCGAUCCUAUCUAUUCGAAACCGAAAGUUGUGCCAGACUGGACCUAUAAUUUAGGAGAAUCAAUUAUCGAUUUGACAGUAAUAAACGACAUCAUUAACAAGGAAGCUUGGUUAACGAUUUUGGGGGAGAAAAAUCUCUACUCCCUUAACCACAGAGGGAGUUUAAGAUUUAUGAAGAGAUUAGACUAUCCUCCAGUUUGUUUUCGAUGCUACAUUUUAGAUUCUUAUUUAUUUACUCUGAUCGUCUCAGAAAUCAACAUGUUACUAAUCUACCAAGGUACCACCCUCAAAUGGUCAGCACAUCUUGACUUUCUUCCAGUAACCAUUCACAGGGCCUUCUUGAAACCAAUGAAGGGUACUCUGGUGUUACUAAGUGAAGAAGGACGCUUAGAAUGCGCUUAUUUGGGAACAGAACCUUGCUUAUUUGUUGCUCCACCUUUAAAUGUACAAGAACUGGAUUAUGAGAAGUUGGAGAAAGAAUUGCUGGAAUUGGAGGAUGUUAUUAGGACCACUAAUAACAAUGAUGUAGCUGUUCAAACUAAUAUAGAAAAAGAACUACAACUGAACUUAACUGUGAAUGAGAGUAUAGAAAUAUGUGUUUAUGAGCAUAAUAUGAAAAAUGCGGCAAAUAAUUACAUGUGCUGUGUAACAAUAGAUAUUGUUCCUCAAGUUUCAAUUCAGGAAGCUCAACUAGCUUUGCUUGUACAGAGACCAUUGAAGAUAGUACCAAAUAGUAUGUUCUACAGCAAUCUGUCUGAAAAAACAUCAAUAACCUGUUACGUUUUCCCCGAUGAAUCUACCGAAGUGCCAACACUAGCUUUGGAAGUAAAGCUAUCCGUAAUAUCCUCCUUGGGAGUACCAAGAGCCUUAUCCAGAACUACCUUUUUACCGAUGAGCCUGAUUAUGGAACCCAGCAUUCCAGAAAAGGAAAAUACUCAUAAAAUUACUUUAAGUACAAGUGAAGCACCUAUAGCUUUACCAACAUUAUUUUCAGAAUACACCCACGAAGGGACAUCAGCGAACUCUAUAGCUUUCAAGAGUCCAGCUGGAAAAACUGGGACGAUACUUUUGGGAAAAUCAUCAGAAAGAUAUAGACUUCAAGCUGAAUCUUUGACAACUUUAAGUCUGCUCGUGGAACAGCUUGUUUCGAGGUUAAAAAAAUACUACAGUCAAAACGAGACGUACCGGGUCUCCUUUAGUUCUAGCUUACCAGCGGGUGAAAUCUUUGAAUACAGUCAAAAGCAUUUUUUGGUAAAACAAGAAGUAAAUAGCUUACAGAAUAAAAUAUCGCAGCUUAGUUCACAGUACAGGCUAAUACAAAAACGACUAAUCGCGAAAUACAGAGCAAAGAAUCCAUCAAGUUUGAAGAGUUUGGAGUUGUUGCUUGAUGAUACUUAUACGGAUAUUUUGGAAGCUACUGAACAGCUGGAAAAUGAGAUGGAUAACCUGUCAAAAGCACAGAUUGAUUUGUCCUGUGUGGUGCAUUUGGUGAAACAACUAAUUGGUAUGAUGGAAAUUGGUAGUGGGUUGAUGGAAAUGAUCAAUUCGACUUUUUGUACGAGAGUAUACGAUUUAGAAACACAGUCUUGGGAAGAUGUUACCGAUACAUCUUUGUGCUACCUCUUAAGAACUGCCUUAGCUAAAACAGAUAAAGACAAGUUAAGGGUGGCUCAUACUAGUUUUGAAGAAGUGAAAGAUAUGAGUAAAUUCGAGAAACAUUUGAGCCAAGUUUUCGAGAGGAUACAGAAGAAGCAAAGCUUGAAAGAAGAAGACGAAACAGAAGAUGAUGUACCAGCUAAUGAAAACACGAAUCCAGACACUUCUAAAGAAGAUUUCCACCUGGAUAAACCAAUAGGAAGCCAGUUUGGAGUGUCCAGCACCAGGUUAUUAUCGGCAAGGAAAAGCUUAUCUAGAAGACGUCAUAAAAAUGGCACUGACACUGAUGAAGCAGUAACGACUGUAGCUAAAGUUUGAUAGGGACAUUAACGCUUAAGUACCGGUAUAAAUUGUUGUUAAAACAUUUUA